AUGGGUAAUUCUGUAGCUAAUGGAAAUAAGUCAACAGCAGCCUCGACUGCUAUUAUAUCGAAAGACCCAUUUUCAUUUGUUUAUCAAGAUUUAAUUUUUCAUGUUCAAUCAAUUCGAUAUCAAAUGAUUGAAAUCGCCAAAUAUCUUGAUGAUCGAUGGAAAAAUGAACAGAAGAUACAAAAAGAAUUGAAACCACAUUCAAUAACAUUUGUUGAUCCAUAUGGCAAUUCAAUAACAAAUAAGUCUAUGGAUCAUUAG